AUGCAGGUCAGUUUCAUCCCUAUCGAUCGGGGAUCCAAGCUGAUCACGGUGUCAGUCCCCAUAUCCCUUCCCGUCUUCCUACCUCAACUACAGCUGCAAGGAACUUCCUCUGCUUACGAACCGCCUGAAUCCAAGUCCAGUCAAGCGGCCAACAUCUCCUCCCUUCACCACGCCAUCGCCCGAUUCUACCGCGCCUCUCGUAGUACUCAGCACUCUCACGAAGAAGCAUACAACCAAAUCAUGGAUACAGUCUUGAAAGCAUCUGCGGCUUCUAGAAGAGUUUGGGAUGGGGAGUGGAUCGGACCUUCGGUGGAUCAGAGGACAGAUCAAGCAGUGGGAUGGGGAGGUAUCGCAGAUGUGACAUCGCCGCCACCCACAAUCACAUCACAAGCACCGACGCUUCCUUCGUCUCUCGAUAUGACCAAUCGCGGAGGUCAAUCGUCUUCUCUUCAGCACCCAGCGCCACUUGAGACUAUCUGGCAAGACGACCCCGCUGCCACUCCUCGUCUAUCAACAUCCACCAUCAGCCAGAGCGCCAUCCCUCUGAAACAGCAUGGUCGAUCUGUGUCUCUCCCUGUCCCACAAGCGACGCACCAGCAAGUCUUCCAGCCUAUGCUUUCGAAUAUUCCCGUGGAUAGUGAACCGCAAUACUCCCAGAAUGCUGUACUCCCUCGACCGCCUGUCCGAUCAUCUCCUCCUACGGCACACAUCGAUGCCCAGCUCGCGUCAAACAUCAAACUCGCUGUCGACGCCGCCUACGCCAAUGCCUGUAAGAGCGCCUCCUCUCUGCCAGCAGACACCCAAGAGCGCAUCAACACAGCUGGCCUGUAA